UUUAUAAAUUCUUACCUUCUUAAACGGCAAGAAAAUAAAAAAAAUACAACCACAUAAUUUUUUAUACGUAUUUAUUCUCAGAUGACAAGCUUUUUCUUGCCACAAUAAAUCAAUAAAUCAUAUCCAAUAAAUGUUAUGUUACGCUAAACUGCUUUCGAAUGCAAAUAGGUCCAUAAAUGUUCUUAUCCUGUUGAUUUUAAAUCCAUGCGCAACAGGGUGCCAAACCGCUCCGUGCACAAUUACAGGAAUAUGACAGAUAUAUGAAGCUUUUUGUUCCAGUCCUCUUCCAUGAUGCAAACAUGCUUUGAUUUGACCAUCGCUUCUGCUUUUCUACAGGGCCUCAGCAACAGAGGGAAACAGAUGCAUAAACAUUUCAAGGCACCACCAGACUCCUCCUAUUCUCCACGUCCAAUUAGUUCUUCUGCUCCAGCCCUUUAAGACGCAGCAGCGGGUCACCAAGUGGUGUAGUGUUUCUCUAAUUGAACUUCGCCCAAUCAACAAUAAGUCGUUAGCAGCCGCUUUCCUUUUCUUGGUGCCUGGAUGCUCUUUUCCACCUUGUCCCCCUUCCAGGGAUUCACCACCUCCAGUCAGCCACUUUCUGGAGAUCCGCAUGGAGUUUGGCAGAGGAACCGGGGCGCUCUGAGGGGAAUACAGCGCGGCUGCCUCUGCAACUACGCCCGAAGCAUGGUUAUUUUGGAGGAAGGCUCUCAGGCGAGCUAAGUUUGUAGCUUUGGACUCGAAGCAUUAAACUAAAGCGGAAAUCUACCAGAGCCCCGAGCUCUAGAAGAAACGCUUGUGGACGUUUUGAAUCUGCCAUUUGAAUGAAAUAAUCAACUUUUUCUUCCUGAGAGCAGCGAUAUCUGCGGGACUGCGAUGACCUCUAGUAAAGACAUGAAGGCAGGGUCUGUGCUGCAGUCCGGCGGCGAGGAGCGGAGGCGGGCUCCGCUGGACCAGCUGCCGCCGCCGGCCAACUCCAACAAGCCGCUGACGCCGUUCAGCAUUGAGGAUAUCCUCAACAAACCCUCCGUGAAGAAGUCGGUGGCCAGCAUCUGUCCGCCGCGGGUGCUGGAGAAAGUCACGGGCUCCAGCGCGGCCAGGAACGGGAUCAGCACUCCGUCCUCGCCGCUGUGCGCGCUGGAGGAGCUGGCCAGCAAAACAUUCAAGGGUCUGGAAGUCAGCGUCAUCCAGGCAGCAGAAGGUCGGGAACACAUGAACGCCUUCGGUCAGCGGCAGACGUCGAAGAAGAGGAGAAAGUCGCGGACGGCCUUUACCAACCACCAGAUCUACGAGCUGGAGAAGCGGUUCCUGUACCAGAAGUACCUCUCUCCGGCCGACCGUGACCAAAUCGCGCAGCAGCUGGGACUCUCCAACGCGCAGGUCAUCACCUGGUUCCAGAACCGCAGGGCCAAGCUCAAGAGGGACCUGGAGGAGAUGAAGGCGGACGUGGAGUCGCUGAAAAAGAUCACGCCGCAGACCCUGCAGAAGCUCGUCAGCAUGGAGAACGUCGAGGACCCGCAGGGAGGAGGCCCCGGGGCCCGGUCGACCAGCGUCUCCCCGACCUCACAAGGACACAGAGCCUUCCCACAGUCCCCUUCCUCAUCCAGAGACCAAACCACGGAUGAGUUCUCAGAGGAUGAUGAGGAGAUUGAGGUGGACGAUUAACAGCCAGGAGGAGCUGGGAUUUUCAUAAACAGCAAGAAAAAUAAAAGAGGGACAUUUUUCUUCCCAAACUUUUGCACGGAUAUUGAUAAAAGGAGAAUAUACACAUCUAUGAACAUUCGGGAUCAUUUUCCUAUUUUUACUUCAUUUUAAUUUAUUAUUCGAACUAAUAAUGAAUCCCUCUUUCUGUUUAAGUUUCAGCACAUUUGGGGAAUAUCUGGUUUUCUUUCCGGCAGACUAUAAUUUUUCAGGCGGUAAUCGUCUUUAGAGAAGAAAUACGUUGUGCAAUUAUUGUUUUAUGCGCCAUUAAUUCACAUUGUCCAGUUAAAAGUCUCGAAUCUGCCAAACAUUUCAAAUUAGCCCUAUUUUUUAUUUGAUUUGAUGUGGCACACGCAGCUCUGUCCAUAUUUUUUUUCAGUCCUGAGUAAGAUGUCUCUGCAAGCAUGCAGGCCUCUUGGAGGCGCAAACCGACACCAACUGCACCAACUUCAGACCCGCUCUGAGUUCUGUAUAUAGAUCAAACAUCCUAUGCGAUAAUUUUAUUGUAACGUUCUAUUUAAUCAGCAUCUAUGUAAAUAAAGGUUAUAUUGUAUUUCAA